GAAAGUUUUAACAGUUCUGCCUGUUAUAGUUCCAAGUUAAUAUAGUUUUGCAGUUGGAUACAGUUAUUACCUUGUUCAAAGUGAGUAAAUUUUGUCGUUAUAGGGAAAAUCUAGGAAUAGUUAGCAAGGUGCUGCAUUGUUCUUAUUCCAUGUGUUGUACAUUUUGAAAUCAGAAUAUUUUAUAAAUUGUCUAUUAUCAGUAACUCAUUGCUAAAAACAAUGAAUAUUGGAAACAUCAGAUAUGCAAAAUCUAUUUUGCAUUUAAAAGAAAAUUUAAGAUACUGUUAUUAAGCCAGUAUUGACUUUUAACUGCUUUUUAACAACACCUUGUUAUCCUAGAUAUUUCAUGUGUGUGUUUAUUAUAUUGCUUGAAGUGUGAAUGUGAUAUUUUCUCUAAUAAAAUUACAUGAAUAGAAUUAACAAAAAAUCAGACCUACCAAAUGGAAGAAAGCAAUGUUUACUUGGUAAUUCACAUAAGGGCUUUUUGUGUUCAUUUCCAUAGAACUCAUCAAGUAAUACUGAUACAGGGCUUUCGUUUAAUGAAUUGCAGCCAAGGAAGCCUCAAAACUUCCAAGUAUCCAAAACGUCUAUGUUGAAAUUUCAUAAUAUUAAGUGCAUUCACUUAUUUUAAUUUAAAUUAACAAUAUAUCUGACAUACAAUACAUGAAAAACAUGAAGUAAAAAUAGUUAUUGAAACGUGUUUUGAAUACAUUAACAGUGCCCCAGAUAAUUAUUUGGGAAAUAGGGUUUUCACCCAUUGAUUUUGAAAAAUAGGGUGAUUUCAUUCUUGAAAUAGGGUAAACUUAGUUAUAUAAUUGCAUACCUUAUAAUCAUUUCUGCUUUACAUCUGUUGAAGCUGCACACUUGUAUUGAUUCAAUAAAACUGUUAACAAUUAUAAUUAACUUUAAUAAACAGAUGUUUCAUAACAUCUUUAACCCUUGAAACAGUCCAUAAUAUAAACUUUAAACUUAAAAAGAAUGUUAACACGAAUGAUUCGGCAUUUAUUGGGUCUUGCUUUCUUGGUUCAAAAAGUUUGUGAUCGACUGAUAUUUUGGCGCAACAAUCGCGGACGUCUUUCGACCUCUCUUAGACAUUUUUAUUUCGCAUUGUAGUAGAAACUGAAAGAACAGACGCUUUACAAAUACAUGCACAAUGAGCGACGGAUUAAAUCAGAUUGAAAACGCAUGUAUGUUGUCGUAAACGCUGUAAUUAAGUUAUGAACUCUAGUCCACAGAGCGUUUAAAUAACUUUGACUGAUUUCCUGCUCCGUCAUCCAGGCGCUUUCUGAAUAAAAGCGUCGCCGCGUUUCGAAAAUAAUUCCAAAGAGAAAAUACCGAAAAUGAGCAAAGCAUUUUCGAUCGAAGCUAUUGUACGCAUCAAAUUUGACGAAUUUGCGUAAAAGUCAAAUUGGUUGCGUUUUCAAAACGCAUGAUAUUGUAUUUCUUUGCGUUUUUAAACAUUUUAAUAGGGUGAAAGACGCAGAUACGCAGCUUAUCUGGGGCACUGCAUUAAUGUCAUCUGAUAACUUCCUUUUAUUUUGGAAAACUUCCAAAAUCAGAAGCCAGUACGUUCAGAUUUCCAAAGUUAAUCUAAGCCCUGCUGAUAUGUUAUAAUGCUCUACAGUUAAGACACAGGGGUAAAUUAACAAAAACAGAGACACUGAGGCUUCAGAGUGUUGAGUUCCAUUGUAGAAAACUUUUAUUUACUCUACAUACUGAAAGAUAUAGACACUUACAAAUAAUAAACGUCAUUAAAAACAAGGCUACAUCCGCGGUGCAUUCUUAUAAGUCUAAUAUAAGUAGGAAGGUCUCAUCUGUGUCACAAACAUUACACUAACGCUUUGACGUGCUUGUCACGGUUGGCCCAUAAGGGCUGUUAAGACAAGGAGUACGAAUACGAAUACGAGUAGGCUCUACUUCUCUCAUUUUUGAAGGGACCAUACUUUUCAAAAAUUAGCAUUUUCUUCGAUUUUUUUUCAAGGAAUACUAUCAGAAUAGCAAACAGUUUGGAUCCUGAUGAGACGCUACGUUCUGUGGCAUCUCAUCUGGAUCCAAACUGUUUGCACAGGCCUUCAAAAUUCAGUUCCCACACUGAAUGGGUUAAUCAAAGUGAACUGUCCGAAUGUCUUGCACGAAACCAAACUGGUUAAUUUGGGGUAAAAAAUUGGUGUUUAAUUAUUAUUGUCUUCUUUGAGAAGAAUUUUGAUAAAGUCACAUUAUUUCGAUCAUAGACCGUUAAAAAUUCAAUGUACACUAAUGUGGAAAGAAAUUUAAAAACCAACCACAAAUGUGUUCCUGUUGUGUUUCCACCCGAUGACCUUUAGUAAAAAAAAUUGGUCAAUUGACUAUUUUUAAAUACAACUAUAUUUAAGCUCCAAUUUUCCAAGCUAUUCAUUGUCUUUAACCUCGUUUGCGUCAGCAAUGGUGAACUGUUUCGUUGAAAGUCCUUUUUCUCAUAAACUAUCAAAAUAUCAGAUUAAAAGGUCAACCCUUUACCACGUAGAUACGUAUCUUUACCCAUUUUUUUUGUUUUUGUUUGUUUUUUUAAAGAUAUUUUUUUUUAUUAUUCAAUAUCAUACCUACAAUGUAAACAUGUAUAUGAUCAUACAACAUAGUGAUUGUACAAAGCAAUACAGUUCAGACAUGUUAUACAAGAUAUGCUAAUAUAUAUUUUUUUUGAGAGAGAAAAGAAAAGAACAACAGAGGAAUAGUUAUGAAAAAUGAUGAGUUGUAUAAAGUUGGAAGACAGCAUACUGGACUUGUGUGUUUUGUUGUAUAUUCACAAUGAUCUUGUCAGAUUGAAAAAUAAAAAUGAGAAAAAAAAACAAACAAAACUAUUUUAGAGAGAUAAACUAACAUUAGAGUGAAAUGUAUAUAAGUGGACAAAAACAUUAUGAGAAUUUAAUCCGAUUCCAUUUUUGUUUAAAGAUUUGUAAUGUGUCAUUACUGAGGGCUAUUUCUUUCUCAAUUUGGAUUUUUAGUUUAAGACUAUGGACAAAACAAUUAAAAUUUGGUACUUGUUUUUUGUACUUCAUGUUUAAUAUAAAAUAUUUCAUCAAUAUAACCAUAAAAUUCACAAUAUUAUUACAGUCUAUUGAUUUCAAUGAGUUAAUUCCGAAACUUACAUUUAAGAAAGAUAGUUUAACGUUUAGUUGCUGUUGUUCAAGAAAAGAUAUUAAUUGAUUCCAAAUAGGCUGGAUGUGUUUGCACUCCCCAAAAAGAUGUUCUAUAGUUUCAAUGUUUUCACUGCAGAAGUCACACAGAUUUGAGUUAGAUAAUUUGCAUUUAAAGAAAUAUUUAUUUGUAGCUAUAAUUCUAUGGAUGUAUUUAUAUUGAAAAUUUCUCAGUGUGCUUUCAAUAGUUGCUUUAUAUGGCAUGGUAUAUAUGUGUUUCCAAUUAAGUUAAUUUUCUCCAAAAAGGACUUGCCAUUUAUUUUUGAUUUUGGAGUUUUCUGUAGGGUUUUUAAUUUGUAGUGUGUAAAAUAUUUUAUUUGUUUUGUUUUUUCUUCCAAGUAUGUUUUCUACAAAUGUUGUUUGAGUACAUGGUGUAUUAUUUGUAUUGAUUUCAGAUUUAAUAUGUAUGGGUAUGCUUUUGAUUUGUGUGUAGUACUCCCGAAAAUUAUUUGAAGGUAUUCCGUAUAUGUAGCAUAUAUUAUCAAAAGAGUAGAAAUCCUUAAUUCUGGAGUCAUAUAAUUGGUCGACAUAUUUAAUGCUUCGUUCAAACCAGUCUUUAUAGAAAAACGUCUUAUUGUUUGAAGUUAUGUCUUUAUUAUUCCAUAAAAUUGUUUUACUGCUGGUUUGGGUUUCUAAAUUAUGAGUGACAUCACUCCACGCUGAUAGAACAUCAGACAGAAAUAUGUUUUCGUUUGCAAUUUCAUUUAAGAUAGUAUUGCUGAUGUUACAUUCAAAGAGUAAGGAGUCACCAUAUUUAUUUAGGAUUUUCUGGUAGAAUAAUUUCCAUUUGCUCGUGUUGGUAUUAUCUAGGUAUCUUUUAACCCAGCUGCAUUUGAUUGCAUUCAAGAAUGAGUCAAUGUUCGUUAAUUGGAUACCUCCAUUUUCUACAGAUUGAAUUAACCGAGUUCUUUUUAUUUUAUCAGGCGUAAUUACCGUCCCAUAUGAAAUUAAAUAUUGCUGAUUUUAUAUCGUUAAUAACAUCAUUUGGUGGAUUUGGGAGAACUGUUAAUACAUAUAUUAAUUUAGGAAGUGCAAACGUUUUCAAUACUGUGUUUUUUUCCGAUUAGUGUAAGUUUACGAUGAUGCCAUGAUUUUAAGCAGUUUUUAAAAUCUGUAAUUUAGGUAGUAUGUUUUUAAGAACUGUAUCCUUUUCAUUAUUUGUGAAAGUAAUUCCUAACGUUGUGGCUUCAUCGGAUGUCCAAUUAAAUUUCAUUUCUUUUUUAUAUUGAACAUUACUUUGUUUUAAUUUACCUACUCGCAGCACAGUACAUUUACUUUUGUUGAGUUUAAGACCCGAUGUCAUUCCGUAAAGGGUGAGCGACUCUAUUAGGUUAUGGAAAGAAUCGUAAUUGUCAUUUAAACAAUAAGUUGCAUCGUCAGCAAAUAGGGAUUGUUUGAUUUCUUCUUCAGGUUCUAGUGAUAUGCCUUUUAUGUGUUUAUUUGAUUGGAUGUGAUGUGAUAGAUACUCGAUGCAAAUAAUAAAUAGCGAUGAUGAGAGUGGACAUCCUUGUCGAACGCCUCGUUCGAUGUUAAAACUGUUUGAAAAGAAGACAUUGUUAUUGAUAAUACUGUUAAUAUCGGUAUAGAAUAGUUUGACCCAUUGAAUGAGACUUUGACCAAAGUUCAUAUUUUCUAAGCAAGAGAACAUAAAUGAAUGAUCAAGCGAAUCGAAUGCCUUUUCAAAGUCUGCAAAGAAUAUUAGACCAGGAUUAUUUGAAUUGUUGAAAUAGUUUAUGCAUUCUUGGAUAAGACGAAUGUUUUCACCAAUGUAACGUCCUUUUAUGAAACCAGAUUGAGAUUUUGAAAUGAUUGAUGGUAAUUUUUUUUAUAUUCUGUUUGCUAUACUUUUUGUUGCAAUUUUAUAAUCAUUGUUUAGUGAACUAAUUGGGCGCCAGUUUGAUAAGGAUUCUAAGUUUUUUCCAGGUUUUGGAAUAAGUGAUAUAAUACCUUGUUUUUGUAGCGUAGUUAAGUUUUGGUUGUUAAAUGAAUAGUUAAGUGAAUUUAUUAGAUGUGUUUUUAUAUCAUUCCAGAAUAUUUUAUAAAAUUCGAUUGUGAUGCCAUCGGAUCCUGGGCUUUUGUUAUUUUGCAUUUCUUUUAGGGCUAAUCCACAUUCAUAUUCAUUAAACAAUCCGUCGCACAGUUGUUUUUCUUCCUGGUUUAAAGCGUGAUGUGUAUUUUUAAAAAGGGUGUUAUUUUCAACAUGUUUUCGUUUAUAGAGGGUUUCGAAAAAUAAACAUUGUUCUUCUAGUAGUUGAGUUCUGUUUGUUAUGUCUUUGCCAUUGACUACUAAUUUGUGUACAGUUUUUUGUUCACUUCUACGUUUUUCAAGGUUUGCGAAAUAUUUUGUAUUUUUUUCAUUAUGUUUAACAUGCUGUGCACGCGCUCUUAGUAUUAUUCCAUUGAGAUGUGUAUGAUAGAUUCCAUCUAAUAUUUGUUUUUUUAAUGUCAUUUCAUUUUCAAUGUCGGUGGUAUCAUUUGUGUUUGUUUGAUGCAAUUGUUUUUCAAGUGUUUCAAUGGUUUUGAUGGUUUCAGUUUCAAGUUUGUGUGUUUCUUUUUGUUUAAAUGAUGUGUAUCUAAUUGUUGUGUUACGUAUAUUUCCUUUAAUUACUUCCCAUAAGGUGUUUGGGUUUGCAUCUUUAUUAUUUUGAACUGUAUUUAAUAUUUCCUGUUUUAUUUGUGUUUGAUAUUGUGUAUCUAAUAAGAUGCUGUUGUUAAGUAUCCUGGGCCUCUUUCAGGUUGUAUAUUGUGCAGUUUAAGUUCAACUAGAGAGUGGUAAGUUAUAAAUCCUGGUUUUAUGUUACACGUGUCAAUAAUGUUGCAAAGAGAUUCAGAUAUUAAAAAAUAGUCUAAUCUACAAAAUAUUGUUGGUUUUGUGUUUGAGUGCCAGGUGAAUUUGCUUUCGUUUGGGUAUGCUGUACGCCAGAUAUCUAUCAUAUUGUAGUUUUCAAUUAUGUUAUUUAAAAUGUUUGUAUUUUUAGUAUGAGUAUAAAGGUUUCCAUUCUUUUUAUCCAAUAAUGGGUUUAGGACAGUAUUGAAAUCACCACCGAUUAUAAUAUUUUUAUCUUGGUUAUAAAUUAUAAAGGAUUGUACUUUACCCAUUUGUAGUCCCUUAAAAAGUUACAUUGAAUUGAAGACCUUUCUUACUAGGUUCAAGUUUUUAAGGCUUCAUUUACAACCCUUAGAUACCGAUGAGCAGCAAACAGCAUAAAACCUGAACAGACUGCGAGUUACUCGCAGGCUGUUCUGGUUUUAUGCUGUUUGCACAUAGCCAUUUUCACUUUGCUUCUUAUGAAAGAAAGGGUUAAACAAUAAAUUACAAGAUAUAUAUCCUUUUCACGUAACCAAUAUGAAUCAGAAUUUCUUAUUUAUGUUUAUAAAAAAAAUUCUGUUUAAUGCAUAGGCCACAUCAUUUAUUCAUUGAUGAUGUCCUAGAUGCCUACUUAGUUGGGGCAUUCCUUGAUGUCAUGGACAUGGAAGAUGUGACUUCUGAUCCCUCAUCUCCACCGUUACUCCAUCUGAUGAGCCCCAAACAACAAGUGAGGUGGUUAAAUGAAAUUUCAUUAAGGAUAAUUGACAAUUUAAAAUUAAAUGAACUGUCAUCAGUAAAUGAACCACGUGACAAUUUACUGGCUCUGAAUGCAGAGGAUGACCAGCUGAAAGCAUUGAAGCAGGAAGAUAUAUACAAGUGCCCACUUAGCAACAGAACAUACACAUGUAAACAGGUUUCCUGGUUUAAAAAACAUCUUAAGAAACUUCACUGGACAUUCCACACUGUCAGCACAGAUGUUAAAGCUACAAAUGCAGUUCAACAUGUUCUGUUCAUGUCAUUGCUUUUUAGAGACACCAUGGACUCUUACAAGAUGGGAGAUGGUGAGCGAAUACUAAGAAAUGCAUAUUUUGAAUGGCUGUUUGAUAGUUCUGUAAAGCAUACAAAAUACGAAUUAUGGUUAUGGCGAAUGAUUUCCUAUGUUAUUUCUAUACUGGGAGUUGAAGACAGUUUUGAGUACCUUUGGAACAUGACUGUGAAUUUAAAGGGGGGUAUUUAUAACAACAUUCCAAAUGACAACUGCGUAGAGUUGCAGGUAAAUAACAUAAAACGGGAACUUGCAACCCAGGGUGCUAAUAAAUCAUAUCAAUCAGCCAAAAACAUUUGUAUGACUACUCAGGUGGUAGAUGCUAUCCGUGAACAAUUGGUUCGUACUUCCAAAACAGUCAGAUCUAGAAGGGAAAGGCCAGUGGUUGACAAAACAAAUGAUAUUGUUCACAUGGUAAAAUUCCUUAGGCAGCAGGGUCCUGUGAAAGAUUUGGCUUGGAAAAGAUAUAGUUCAUUCAAAGAUCCAAUAAAAUGUAUUGAUGCAGAUGAAUUACACAUUUGGAUUAACAGGCAGAAAACAAUUGCUAGCAUUUUAAUGUAAAUUGUUUACAGUCAUUGAAAGGGAUCUGUUGAGAGGAAUGUGCAGUGUACAAAAAUCACAAGUUUUUGUACUCUUGCCCUAAUAAAGUUGCUAAGUUAUUGCACUGUGUCCAUGCCAAGUUUUGUCUAGCCCAUGUCUUGAAAAGUAAAGGUGUCAACUUUUAAAUGUUAUGUGUAGAUAUAUCUAUAUUUUAAUGCACAAGGACCAUAAUUCUUGUACAUUUGUAUGCAGUAUUACCAUUUUUUUCAUGCUUUAUUUUUGUCCGGUCCAUAACUACAAAAGUGUUAAACGUAUUCACUUAAAAUGUUAUAGAUAUUAUGUAUAUGCUGUAGUUCUUUAAUGUGAAGUGCAGCGUCUUGUAGAAACCACCCUGUUUGUCAUUCUGUACGUUUGCCACAUGUACAUGUAUGGGCCAUAUCUAGAACACGAUAAAGUUAUUAUCUUGAAACUUCCUUUGAUUUCAUAAAGAAGAAAUGCAGUGCAGAGUGACCAUAGCUCUUGUUAUUGCUAUUUGUUUUAUCAUCAUGUUUAUCUUUGACCUUUCCGAAAUAAAUCUUGCAAUUUCAUUAAACGCCAAUGCAUUGAAUAAAACAUGUUUCUGUCCCCAUACACAACUUUGACCAUUGCCAUUGGGGGGGCCCUGUGUGUGUAACAUAGUUCUUGUGUGGAAUGAAUAAUAAAUAAAAGGCGUGUAAUGGUUUUCACAAUCUAUUAUGAAUGUAUGUGAAUCGCAUAUCCAGUUGAUAGUAACUUUUGUGAACUGUAUGUCUUAAUUUCCUCGCCUCACUUUUGUUGUUCUUAAAAAAAAGAAAAUUUUAGCUGAAAACAGGGUGAUUUGCUGAUCUAAAUUUCCAAGUGUUGAAUAUUGACAGUUUUGAAAAUCAUAUCUUGUAAAACUCACUUGCAAGAUACCUUUGUAUUAAUGUUGCAAGCUGGUAAAACAUGAAUUAAUUUGGUUUGCUUACCUAGAAAUUUUAUACACUAUACUUGUGCAAAUAUUUUAAAUGUAGAUUGGUAAAGGGUUAGAAUUUUUGUUGUUUUAUCAUCCCUAUGCCAUAUCAAUUAAUUGAUGAUGUAAAAUGGUGAAAUGGUAUUGUGUACACAUUGAAUGUAUAUUUUAGUGAUAUGAUUGCUAUUUUACCUUUUAUAAAAUACUGAAGAGUAUGAAUCUGCUUACUGUAUGCAUAUUUCUUAAUUCCAAAUAAAUUUAUCAUGCAUACAAUACAGUUAUACAUUUACUGUUACUCAUGUUGGAGCUUGCUUAAUUAUUAAUGACAUAAUUGUAUAACUUCAAUUGAAGCAUGAAUUUCACACACUUCUUUGGAUUCAUUUAAAUAUUAUAAAUAAUAAUGUUAUUUAUGAUAUUGUUACCUCAUUUAGGGCUUUUUUGGGUUGUAGGGGAAGGGGCCUUUAGCCCUUAGGUUGGGGAAAUUUCACGCGUGAUUUUCCACUUUUGGGGAAAUUUCAUGCGUGAUUUUCCACUUUUGGGGAAAAAUCGCGCGCGUUUUUUCCUUAAUAGGGGAAAAAAUUUAAGGGUCUUACUUUUACUGUUAAUUUGGUUAAAAAACACAAAAAAGACUGUUAUUUUCUUCAUACAUCAAUAUUUGUGGUUAAUUAACAUGUUAUUACACAAUUUCACAGAGGCAUUUCCCUGUUUUUCAGUCCUUUAAACAUCUCCACUAACGCAUCCAUGUCCUCCUCUGUCAGUUGGUCUGGCCCUGAAAGUUCUUGAAAGCUGCUUAUACGCAUCAAUAACCGCGUUAUUCGCAAUUUUUUGGGGCUUUUCCCGGUAAUUUCGCCAGUUAUGCGACAUUUUGCCUUUUUUGUUGACAUUUAACGUAUGCGAGUUGACAGUUAUCGUAAAUCGGCCAAGAGAGGUAAUAAUUGUCGUAACAUUUAUACAGGUUACACAUGCCCAAUUCAUUUCCUUCUUUGUUAUAUAUAGAAUUCGCAAUCUUUGAUCUCAAAUUUCACCAUGUCAGACCUUGCGAGUGAUAAGGUUGGUAGAAGGGUCGUGCGGUUAACUGUCUUGUUAAUAUAUAUGCAUAAUUCAGGGCUUAUAUAUUUGACUCUUUACGACCUUACAUUUUCUUACCAAUACGAAAAUGGAAGUAUCUGACCUUUAUUAUACGUACUUAGUAAAAGUGUGUGGAUGUAUCAAAUAAUUGCACGCACCAUUCCAUACUUACGUGCAUUAGAUGUAGACGUUGGUACAACCACGUCUGUCAAUACUUUGAUAAAGUACACAUGUUUCGUGU